AAACUGUCACUGCUGCAGGACUGUGUGUGUGUUUCUUUAAGUCUUUUAGCUGUUUAUCAUAAAUGAGAUUCCAGUAAUUUACCAGCAGUGGUUUCACUUUCAGUUGGAAGCUGCUGGGUGCCUGGAGAAUGUUUCAGUUUCUAUAAAAUUGUUGUACUUUAUGCAAUAGUUGUCUGAACAGACUGAAGUCAGACGUGCAGCUGUAGCUGGGAGCCCUUCCUCCGCCACCAGCCUCUGUCCUUCCCUGUAGGAUCCAGCAGGAAGGUCUGGAUCAAGUUACAAUGCAGAUGAGGAUUUCCUUCCACUCGCACUGUGCCAUGGGCAACCCCUGUCUGUCCAGUUACCUCAUUUUCUUUUUUACUGUCCAUGUUUCUACACUGGAACCAGGUCUGGGCUCUACUCCUCGCAUCGCUAUCGACAGCUACCAGAGCGGAGGGAUCCACAUGGUGUGUGAAUCUGCUGGAUGGUAUCCGAAGCCCCAGGCGCAGUGGAGAGAUCUCAGUGGGCAGCACUUACCAUUCCUAACAGAAAAAAUAACUCAACAUGAUAACGGCCUGUUUGAAGCACAAAUUUCCAUUAUUGUAACAGAAACUUCCAGUCAGGAUCUGUCCUGCUCUGUCAGGAACUCCCACCUCAACCCAGGGAAAGAGUCUGUGGUCUCCAUUGCAGAUCCAUUCUUCCUGAGGGGCUACCCCUUUAUGGUGGCUGUGUACAUACUCGUGGUGGUUGUGGGUUUGCUCACUUCCACAGCAAGCUACUUCUUCUGGAAGCAACGCAAGGCAAUAGGGAAACUCGGUGCUGAGCUUGGAAAGCUCCAGGUUGAGUUUGAUAAGCUCGAGGCUGAUCUUAAAUGGAGAAAAACUCAAGUAUUUGGAGAAGUGAAGGUGACUCUGGAUCCAGACACAGCUCAUCGUGAGCUCAAGCUGUCAGAGAAACAGAAGACUGUGACAUGGGAAUCUGAACCUCAGGAUCUGCCUGACAAUGCCAAGAGAUUUGACAAAGUUUUCUGUGUGCUGGGUUCUAAGGGAUUCACAUCAGGAAACAUUUAUUGGGAAGUGGAGAAGAUGGGGAGAAUCUGGGCCAUAGGGGUCGCCAGAGAGUCUGUGAAGAAGAAGGGAGAAAUCAAAUUUACCCCCGAGGAGGGGAUCUGGGGGAUAGAACAGUCCAGGGUUCACUACUCACUGCUCGCCACCCCUGAGAGCCCCCUGCCACUGAGUGAGACACCCAAGAAGAUACGGAUCUAUGUAUCCUGUGAAAAGGGGGAAGUGAUAUUUUUCAACCCAGAUAAUGGUGAUCUGAUCGCCAGUCUCACAGCUUCUUUCAAGGGGGAGAAAAUAUUCCCUUUCUUCUGGGUCUGUUCCCACCUCACACUAACCACCUGAGACAUUUGGAGAUCAGAGGGGUAGGGGUAGGGUGGGAUGUAACUUGUUCCAUUGAAGCCACAGCUCUGUCUCCAGCAUUCACUGUGGCACUGGGGCUCUCCACUGGCCCCACGGCCACAGAAAGCAGGGAACAGUCAAUGUCUCUGCUGCUUCUCUCUCUCUCUCUGUGGGGCCUGCAGAGGCCCCAGGCCCAGGGAGUGAGCAAUAAUCAUGCCGUCUGUGUGGGGCAGGGGUGGUGCUAAGUAGUGGGAACUGGAGAGAGGAAAUUGGGGAGGAGGAGGAGAAGGUAGGGAAUUAUUCUUAACUCUGACUCAUGCUACAACUCUUUCAGUACAGAUGCAGAACCACAACAUUCUCAGCUCUGUCAUUGGCAGAGCCUCACAGCCAGUCACCCACGCACGUAUGGUGGGUCUGGUGAUUCCUCACCAUCUCCCUCCCCUUUACUGUAGGAUCCAGAUUACUUAUCACACUGCAGGCACUUGAUCCCAAUCCUAAAAGAUGCUCUGUCUCAAAAAGAUGCAGAGAGGGAACCAGAUGACAUUACCACCUCCAUGGCGAUGUCCCAAGUUAAUGCAUGCUGUAGUCAAAGCAGCAAAGUUGCUAUUUGCACUGCAACCACUGAAAGGCAGUGUUUCUGCAUGCUGACUUUACACUGUUAUGCUGGAAGGUGUUAGUGACUGCCAUCAAUCACAGAUGAGGGUAAUGUCCAUGGGUGUGCUAAAUACACUUAUUUUUUUAACGGAAGGUGUAAUUAACCCCCUUUGUGGAGUGAGAUAGCUGGAAACCAUAGGGGACUAGUAACUGCUGAUAGUAAGGGGGCACAAUUUAAAGUUUAUGGUGGUUUCAAGGAUUCAAGGCAGAUACUCAUGAGACAAAGCAGUUUUGGUUUCUAGUGUUACUUUUCAUAGAAUUAUAGAAGUGGAAGGGACCUCGAGAGGUCGUCUAGUCCAGUCCCCUGCACUCAAGGCAGGGUUAAGUAUUAUCUAGACUAUCCCUGACAGGUGUUUGUCUAACCUGCUCUUAAA